UCGCGUAGAAAUGCAUGAGUUCUGCUUAUCACGCUUCGCUGCAGCGCGUGAAUAACAAGAGCUUAGAAAAAAGGUGGUAUCAAGGUAGACAAAAGUGUAUGGGUGGAGAAAGAAGUUGGAGAUACGGAGGUUAGUGAAAAUGUCGAAAGUUUAAAAGAUAUCAGAUAGUAAAAAUACACUCAUGUCAUUGUGACACAUUUCUAGCUAUAAUGCUAAAGCUUUCCAGCUAUUGGCUUGUAUUAUCUCUAGGAUCGUAGGCAGGUGGCUUAUACAUUUCUACUGUUUGGAUCACUACAGUCAACAUGCAAAUAACUAACUUUUACGAAGACAGAAAUAUCGAAACAAUCCCAUUUAAACAUAGGAAAACAUAUGAUUGGAGCGAAGAAAAGUUUUUCUUUCCGAUGAAAUCAUUCUCUGUACAUUUGUAAACAUACGGUGAAAAAAAUAGGACAUUCCAGGGUAAUUACUGGUCAAAGAUCAAUGUAAAUUGAAUAACAAAGGGACGUUACAUAGUGGGAAAAUAAACAAAGUGAUUACAAAAUAAAAACGGCUGCAUCAUGUGUGGGUUAUAUACAGUGGGCAAUAAUUCAUAGUGGCUAUGGCAAAGAAAAAGGUUGUAUAUGCUUCUUUUAAACGAACAAUGGUGGUUUGAAUUCUUUUGAGUCGUUAAUGCUUCAGCCAUGCAUAGGUGUCUUAGCUUCACUUCUUUCGAGUGGUUUGGUCGCACUCUGUACAAAAUUUCGAAGGACUUGUCAAAGGGAGCCUGUCUGUUACAGAGCUGAAAAUGCAUUUCCGUCCUCGCUUUGUCAGCCAGGGUGGAUAGUGUUCACGAACGCACUGCAUAAGCUGGCCCAUGAUACGCACAAUGUACUUGGCUCCACAGCAGCGCGUAAACUGAUAUACAUACAAUGAUGUAGCCCAAUGCUCUGGCCUACCCUUUAUGUACUGACGAAUGAGUUUCUGAUAGGAGAAUGUGAUCCUAAGAUUGGCGGCAAAGAAUGUUCUGUUUAUGGGCCUUCGUCAUCUCUUCCUAAGUAUAUCUACUGCAUUGUCUCCCUUGAUUUCGAAGUUCUGUGGUAAAAUCUUUUUCGGAGCAGUACACACGCGUACUGUAAUGUUUUUCGGCUUUAAAUUCUUAUCUAUAAAUUUCCCUGGGUAUCUGUUUUUCAUCAGUGUUUCUUACAAGUUUUCUAGUUCAUCAUUGAUUGUAUCCUCUGUGCAUAUUCUUCGUAUUCUUGAGGAAAGUGAAUUGAUAAAACUCUUGUUUCUGAUUAAGGGCAUAUAACUGUGAAAAUUAAUAAACUGCCCGCUCCAAUUGAGAUUUCUGUAAAUAGAUCUCUGAAGUGAACUGUCAUCUUUGAAACUGAAAGUCAAAGAAGUAGAAUUCCGAGUUCAAUUCUUCUUCUGAAGUGGGUUUCAUAAAGAGAUGAGCACUAAUGAACUUUUGAAGUAGGUUUUUGAGAUUCGUAUUCUCAUCUCAAAUAAUAAUCAGAUAAUUGUUCAAACUGUCCAUCGCAACAGUCCGAGUCACAAGUGCAGCAAAUACUUCCUGUGUGAUAUGAGAAUGCUUCUUGUUUAUUUAGAUAACGUUUUAUUCCAACUAAAAAGUGAAGGUUUUCGCAUCGAAUAAUUUCAAUUACCAGACAUGACUGAAACUGGUGGACUAACUAGAUCUCUUAAAACUUUCAAGAGACCUUUGUAACAGGAAUAGAGAAGAGAUGCCAUCAAAAGAUGAAAUGACCAACUGGACUCCUCAUCUAUAUCCACCAGGUUCCUAGUCAUUGGUUUCAAUGAUAAGGGAAUGAAAGAUAUUGUACUUUGUUCUUCUUUAAAUUGCCUAUCGGUACUGAGCAAUUGUAUUAGUCAAUAGAUUACAGUAAGUUUUGAGUUCUGUUUAAUUUAUCGUGUAGAAAUUUACAAAUAGUGUAUCUGUUCUAAGUUGUGUUCCCGUUAUGUACCAGUGCAAGGUUAUUCUAAAUGUGUCAAUUUUAGAAAUCUAACUGUUUAAGUCAAGUAUUGGUUGAUUGAUAGGUUAGAGUGAUAUGCUGUCAGCGAGUUUCAAUCGCCUAUUAGAUUGCAUUUAAUAUAUACAAGUGAUGAAAGUCUCUAAACUGAAUGGCUUACUUGUUAUAACCAGAAAUGAGAUGGUAUUAAUAUGUAUGCACAAGAGAGACGAUACAGAAUAAAAAUGUGUAUUCAUGACUGACUGUAACAAUAAUAUCCACUGAAGACCAAAAUGCUAAUGAGUCAGUACAAGAGAUAAUUUCUAUUGACAGAUAGACUAAAGAUUGUUAGUUUAAGGUGUCUUUCAGAUGUAGUGGAAAAAGAGGGUGCUGCUGUAUAUUGAUUCAUAAAAUAACGACGAGUCAAAGAUAAAAAAUAAAGUUAACUAAUUUUACUUGAUUGGUAGGUGAUUCAAAUUGUCUUGGACAAUCCAUUUCCUAUCAUCUUAGCUAAAGUGAUGACUGGAAUAUCUGCUAUAGAUAUAAGCAGAAAUCGUGAUAAAUUGGCUGCACUUGACGAUAAUGGAACUAUGAGUGUGUUUUCAAUAGAAACUAAAGACAUUUUAUUUCAGGAACCUAACGUUCUUAGUAUUGCCUGGAGUACAACUGAUAAUGAUUUACUGGCUUACAGUGGAGAAGAUUUAUUAUUUAUCAAAAAUGGACAAUUCCCAAGUCAUUGUCAAUACACUAAGGGAAUAGCGUUGAGUUUCACCGGUUCUGUUGUUUAUUGUUUACAUGAAAGUAUUAUCAAUCGUGUAGAGAUCUCAUUAAGCCCUGCUGUAUAUCAUUAUUUGGGAGCUGGUCAGAUAAAUGAAGCCUAUCAACUGGCUUGUUAUGGAUUAACAGAUCCAGAUUGGAAAGUUAUGGGACGAAUUGCUUUAAACAAACUUAACUUAAAGGUGGCAAAGUAUGCCUACAUGCAUUUAGGAGAUGUACUUAUGCUUACGUUUAUUCAACAACUGGAGGAAAGAUAUAAACGUGGAGAAUGGACUGAAAAAGAUUUGACUAUCAACUCCAAUGCAUUAGUCGCUUUAGGUGAUAUUUCAGCUUACUUGGGAUAUUUCAAUGAAGCAGGUGUUUAUUACAAUCGAGCUGGUUCCAAUUCAGGUGGUCAGCAGAAAAUAAUUGAAAUGUAUACUGAUUUACGUCGCUUUGAAGAGGCACGGGAAGCUAUGACUGCAAGGGGUGAUGAUACUAGUGAAUGUAAACAGUUGUUGGCUAAACAUGCAGAUUGGGCUAAAUCUACAAAUGAACACCGAUCAGCAGCGAAAAUGUAUAUCGAUGCAGGAGAGUUUAUGAAAGCUAUUGAAAUAUCUGAUCAACAUGGAUGGACUGAUAUCUUGUUGGAUAUCAGCCGACGUUUAGAUAAAGGUGAUCAUGAAUAUUUAGAGCGUUGUGCACGUAGUUUAGCUCGCCUUGGUGAAUAUGCUUUUGCUGCUGAUUGUUAUGCCAAGUAUGGAAACAUUGAAAAUCAGUUGAACUUGUAUAUUGAAUCACAUAGUUGGGAAGAAGCCUUCAGUUUAGCUGAAAAGCAUCGUGAUUACAUGGAGAAGGUCUAUGUACCAUAUGCUCAUUGGUUAGCAGAAAAUGAUAAGUUUGAAGAAGCUCAAGCAGCAUUUACUAAGGCUGGUUUACAGAAUGAAGCUAUUUCUGUACUGGAACAAUUAGCUACUUGUGCUGCUAAAGAAUCACGUUUCGAUGACGCUGGCUUUUAUUACUGGAAAUUAUCUGCUUUAUGCUUGGAUAUGUUGAGAAGUGAAACAACUACAAAAAAGUAUCAUGAUUUAUUGGAUAAAUAUUAUAAUUUUCAAAGGAAAGCUGAUGUCUACUAUGUUUAUAACAAUAUAUAUCGUUUUCUGCAUGAGCCAUUUGCUUCACAUAUGCCUGAAACAUACUUCAAUAUGGCACGUUAUUUGACACAUAUACUACAAUUUGGUGAAGUACCUGAAGUUUCCAAGGCCGCAGUCCUGUAUACUUUAGCUAAACACGGUCGUUCAUUGGGUGCAUACAAACUCACUAAACAAAUCUACAACCGACUACAAUCCCUUCAUAUGUCAUCCAAAAUGCGUGAAGAAGUUGAACUUGCAAGUAUUACAAUUAAUUCUGGACCAAUGAUUGACUCUGAAGAGAUUAGUACUAUCUGCUAUCGUUGCUCAGCUACAAAUCCACUUUUAAACACCUUGGGAAAUCGAUGCAUAAACUGUAGAGAACCUUUUAUUUAUUCAUUCAUAACCCUUGAACAAUUGCCAGUUGUUGAAUUUAUCCCUGAAGAUGACUUAUCUUAUGAAGAAGUGGUCAGUUAUUUACAAACUGAACCGUUACCGUCAUUUGAUGGGAAAGUGGAAAAUGAUAAUGAAAAGACUGAUCAAAUCAACAAUAGUUAUUCACAGACACUUAAAAUUUCUCAUGAACAUGAUAACAAUAAAUUGAGUCGAGAUGCAUUCACGGCGAAGUUGCUGAAUUCAGAUCUUAUAUCUGGUACAUAUUCUCCUGUUCAACUGGACAUUACUACAUUGAAAGGAAUCCCUUUUAACGAAGUGAUAAUUAUAAAUAAUUCUCCGUUAAGACCACGUUAUUAUAAAUCAGUACUGCCGGAUGUUAGCAUAACACAAUGUUUAGUUUGUCAUAAACUUUUCUAUUCUGAUGAUUAUGAAUUGGUAUCAUUGCAACAGGGUCGUUGCCCUUAUUGUCAUACACCGAAAGAAUAAAAUAACAAGGAUUUACUCGAAUAUGCAAGCAUAAUUGCAGACAAGUGGACUGUUUUGCCUAUUAGUCAAAAUAUAAACGUACAAUGAAGGUGUUGUAUAAAUACUACCUGUCAAGUUAAUAUAUUUGCUAUAAACCAAACAAAAAUCCCGCCAAAUAUGCUUUCUUUAUUAAGAUUCCAAUUAAACACAUCAAAUAACUUCUUAUGAACAAUAUUACCACCUAUUACACCAUUAGUGUUAUUGUGUGUCUUAUGGAUUUACUAAAAGAUUUGGUUAAAUCUGUUGAUUGUAAAAUGCUUCCUUUGUUAUGCCGUACAUUUUUGUGAAUAUACAGAUAUAUACAUGUAUUCAGAGUA